AUGCGAGCGCUCUUGCCGCUACUGGCCGCCCUCUCCACCACCGCGGCUGCGCCCCCCGCGCCCCUACCACCGCUCGCGCUAUUGCUGCGAGCCGCCUGCCACACGCCGCUCCUCGCCGCCUUCAACGAGACUCGAUUGUUAGCGUAUGAGCCAGCUCGCUUCCUGUUCACUCAGCACCGAGUGCGCCUCGUAACCUAUGAAGAUACCUGCGGGCCCCAAUGGAAAGUGUCGAUGACCAAGCAAGCUCUCGCGGCGCUGAGCGAGGGCGGCUCAGUGGCAGGGUCGGGCUGCCUGGGCGCUCAAGUAUGCGGCGCGCUGGGUGCGGCGGCGCGAGCGCUGCAGCGGCCGGUGGGGGCGGGCUGCGCGGGGGCGGAGGCGCGCGGCGCGGCCGUGGCGCGGCUGGCGGCGCGCCUGGGCUGGCGGCUGGCGCUGGUCCCGCCGGCGGCGCCCGCGUCCGACUGCGAGGCCGCACUGGUGGAGGUGGCUCGCGCGCUCGCUGUCGCCGGCGUUGCUGUGCGCCGCGUCAAUCUACUACAAGACGAAUUGGAGCGCCAACCAAAUGGUUAG